AUGUCUGGAGCACGGAAUGCGUCUGCGGCGAUUCGUCGACUUACGAUCGAGUACAAACAGCUGACGAGCGAUCCAAACACGCUUUUCCCUGCUGUGGGCCCCAUUUCUGAGGAUAAUUACUUGGAAUGGGAGGCACUGUUGCCUGGGCCAGACGAUACGCCGUUUGAGGGCGGCGUUUUUAGCGCACGCCUUUCUUUCCCGCCUACAUACCCCUUGGAGCCGCCGACUAUGCGAUUUGAGCCGCCUAUUUUUCACCCCAACGCGCUACUCAUCGCAGUUAUCCUGCAUGCCGCAGGGGACGAUCCGAACAUGUACGAGACUUCUGCGGAGCGUUGGUCGCCUGUCCAGUCUAUCGAAAAGAUUCUUUUGUCGGUCUUGAGCAUGCUGGCCGAGCCGAAUGUGGAGAGCGGCGCGAACAUCGACGCUUGUAAACUCCUCCGCGAUGACCACGAAAAGUACGACAAAACGAUUCGCGACCAGGUGCAGCAGCAGCUUGGCCUGUAG